AUGGGUCAGUGUUACACAACUUGUUGCUAAACCUAAGACAAGAACGGCAAUAACUCGUCUAAAACAUGCCAACCUUACAAAGGCAUGCCUAAGAAAUACAAUAGAAAUUAGACAAGGACUAUAGAUAUGGUAAAGGGCUCAACUUUUGCAUUCACUAAUGCUAAAGAUGUUACAGCUGCUGCCAGUUUGCUACUUGGUUCUGAUGCUCCCCCACAAACUGAAUUUCAGGCUCACUUUGAUACAGUCAUCUCAGGAUAUUAUCCCCACUUCAAUCAAUCUACGAUUAAAAUGCCUUAAUCUAUUCUUGAGGGAUCUGAUUAAGCUUAUAAAGUGUCAACAAUAAUGCUUGAUUCAGCUAAUCUUUCUCAGAUUAAAAGAGCAAGACUUAGCAAAAAGGGUUAAGAAGAAUGUACUGAACGGAAUAAUUUUGAUAUGAUAGAGGAGAUCAAAAAGAGAAAUAAUAAGUAUUUUAUUAAGGACUAUGGCAAGAAUGACUACUCUCAAUUUUUCUUUAAUGAAUCUGGCAGACCACCUAAAAUCACUCUCCUUCAUUAAUAGAGGGAGUUUAUAGAGGACUUAGCUCUCUCAAAUUAAGAAAAAAUAGCGAAAAUUCAAACUAGACUUAAUUAUCUCACAAACCCUCAAUAAUCAUUGAUAAUUGGUAACUAGGAGAAAAAUAUAGAUUUUGGAGUAGAUCUAAGCUAAUAUGAAAAGUUGGUAAUUGAAGUUAAAUAUGCUUCAUUUGAAUAACCUCUUGGCAGAAAGCAAAAACCAAUCGUAAUCAUUGGUCAGCCAAUUAUCUGUAUCCCUGAAUAAAUUUAAAAUAUCCAAAAUGGAGCUAAAAUUUAUAAUAAUAUUUUGCCUAUUGACUAGUCAUACUACUCUGAAAUAUAAGGAGGCAGAAAAACUACAUAUGCUCAAUAAAUGGCUAAACCCAGACACAUGAAAAGGAAUUCUUAAGCCCCAGAAAACACAUAGACGAAGGAGAUCCUAAAAUCUUAAAAGCCGGGCAAUUAACAGUAAGACAACAAUAAAUCGAUUGUAAAAAAGUCAGCAAUUCUGAAAAAUUUCUUGCAAAGUUUAAACCCAAUAGAAUACUUGAAUGAAAAUAACAAUAAGGAUGUAACACUGCAAUAUGAUUAAAAUUCUCAAAUAAACAAGCUGCUUUUAUCAAGCACCAAUAAAAAACAUAAUAAGUUGAAUGAUAGUCAACUUUGUAAAUAGGAUAGUAAGGUAUCUAUAUUAGAAGAGUCAAAAUUUAAAUAAUCAAAAGAUGAGUAUUUAUUUGAAACGAAGGCAACUUUUCUAGAGGAAUAAAAGAAGAAAAGUCUCUUUGAAGGUAAGAAAAGGAAAAAAGCAGAAUCAGAAAAAAUGAUAGUGCCUUUGUCAGAAGCAUUCAUUCUUUACUAUGACAAAAACUUAAGCUCUAGAGAUAACAAAGCUUUUUCUAUUUAGUUGUAAAUCAAUACCAAUGAUAAGAAUGGGAUUCUUAAUGUCGGUAAGAAAUAAAAUUUCCUUCUAUAUUAGUUCAGUAAUGGAUAAAUAUACGAAAAAGAGAUAAUUCUUGGCUCGUCAAAUGACUCUUAUUUGAUUUCAUCAUAAGAAUCAAUAGGUAAGUCUAGCAGUAACCAAUGCAAGUUGAGUAUAAGAGUAUAAUACAUCAAAGACGAGCAAGAGAAAUUAGUAGAAGCCUUGGACUAACUCUGUUUAAGGCAAAACUAACUUGGUUAACAUCUUUAGAAGGUAGAUGAAUUGAUGCAGGAGGCUAUUGAUCGUCAAGCUAAGCGAAUUCACAGAAACUAAUAGCACAUGUAGCCUCAUUAAAAAAGCUAGUAUUUGAACUAUAUAGAUUCAGCAUAAAAUAAACCGUACUAAUCACCAAUGAAUCAGUUAGAAAAAUAGGGUUUUGAAUAUUCAACAGCUGCUAAGCCAAUGUUAAAGCUAUAGUAAAUGAAUUAUGAUACACCUCAGAGUAAACUCUAAACCACUACUACUCAUAAAAGAACUCGAAGAGGCACUCGCAACAUGUCACCCUCUACAUACCAAAAAUCUCUGCUUGCUUUUGAAGAAUAGAGUUCUAAAGUUGGAUCAUCUUAUCACGUAAUUGGUGAAGAAGAAUCUUCUGAAUAUCAUAACUCUUAAAGAGCUAAAUACUAUCAUGGUUAGAUAAAAUUCUUGCCAAACCAGAAUCCAUAAAACUCUAGAGAAUCAAAGACUCUUGAAGAUGAUAUUGUUAACACUUAUAGCUGUUAGUAGUACCUUGAUAAUGACGACGAUACUCUCAGAUAAGUACAUAUGAGUAGAUUGGAUUAAAUAAGUGAUAGAGUCGAUACUUUCCCUGACUAGGAAUAUAACACUGAAAGCAGGUAAACAGAAGAAUGA